UAUCAGGAAGUAAGACGCUGUUCACAUUUGUGUAUCGCCAAAAAAAAGUGCUGCGGCAAAGUUUAUGAAGUCGAUUAAACUGUGUUCAGGACGAAUUAAGUGUAAAAACUUGUGAACCCUGCUCACGCAGUCUAAGGACCAGUUGAGGAGGCCAUGAACCGACUCCCUCUGCAGCAGCAGCAGAGUUGUGGGCCCUGGGAACUGAAGGAACGUUUGGGCAAUGGAGGCUUUGGUAAUGUCACAAGAUGGCAAAAUAAGGACACGGAGGAGCAGAUUGCAGUAAAGCAGUGUCAUCAGGAGCUGAGUGACAGAAACAAAGAAAGAUGGUGUCUGGAGAUCCAGAUCAUGAAAAGACUUGAUCAUAUUAAUGUGGUCGCAGCCAGGGAGGUUCCUGAGGAAAUGAAGAAACUUGCCACCAAUGGCCUGCCACUUAUGGCAAUGGAGUACUGCCAGGGAGGGGAUCUGCGAAAGUAUCUGAAUCUCCUGGAGAACUGCUGUGGAAUGAGGGAGGGCUCCGUUUUGAUUCUGUUACGUGACAUUUCUUCGGCUCUUACCUAUCUCCACAAAAAGCGGAUCGUCCACAGGGAUUUGAAGCCAGAGAAUAUUGUGCUGCAGCAGGGAGAGAAGAGAUUGAUCCAUAAGAUUAUAGAUCUUGGCUAUGCUAAAGAACUGGACCACAGCAGCCUUUGCACUUCCUUUGUGGGAACACUGCAGUACUUGGCACCUGAAUUCAUUGAGAGACAGAAGUACACCAUCACUGUGGACUACUGGAGCUUUGGGACUUUGGUGUUCGAGUGUAUCACAGGAUUUCGUCCUUUUUUACCAACUUGGCAACCCGUUGUCUGGCACAAUAAACUGAGGAUGAAAGAUGAUGAUGACAUUGUUGUCUAUGAGGACCUCACAGGUGAAGUUCGUUUCUCCAAACAUGUGCCUCAACCCAACAGCCUCAACAGUUUAUUGUUGGAGAAGAUGGAGCGGUGGCUGCAGCUGAUGCUGAGGUGGUCUCCAAAAGAAAGAGGCAGGGACCCCAACUCCACACCCAGCGACUGCUUCUCCCAGCUGGAGAUCAUACUGCAGCUCAAGCUGGUUCAUGUCCUGAACAUGAUGUCUGCUAAGAUCCUGACAUACUCUGUCUCAGCCAAGGAGACUGUGGCAGACUUGCAGCUGAGAAUAGAAAAAGACACUGGCAUCCCUACAGCCAAUCAGGAACUGCUGCUGGAGGCGGGGUUAGCCUUAGAACCUCAUGGACUGGCCGCACAUUGCGCCGUUGAUUAUGAAGAGGUAGAUGGACGACGGACAGAUUUUCCUCUGGUCUUCCUCUUAGAUCGCUCCUCGUGCACUUAUGAACCCCAUUUUGCCCCUCGCAUCCUCCCUGAUAAUAUCCUCUUCGUCCAGGAAGAUCCGUUACGAAUCCUGCCGUAUAGUCAUGUCAGGAGGACAUGUGGACAAGCGUGGCACACCAUCCGUUCUCUGAAGGAAGACUGGCAAAGACUGCAGCAAGGGCAAAAAGCUGCUAUCAUGAGCCUACUGAGACACAAUUCAUCCCUGUCAAAACAAAAGAAUGAAAUGGUGUCCAUGUACCAGAGACUCAUGGCCAAGUUGGACUUCUUCACCACCAGCCUUCACAUUGAUAUGGACAAAUACCAGGAGCAGACAGCCACCGGGAUCGCAUCAGAGAAACUUCUGGGUGUGUGGAGGGAGAUGGAGCAGACUGCUGUCAGCUGUGGUCAGGUCAAUGUGAGUGAACUGGAGGAGGAGAUGAUGCAGCUACAGCCAGACAUUGUGGAUGUGCAGAGACAGCCGUGGAGGAGUGGAGAGGCUCUCGACACACUUGAGGGAAAGGCCAUGGAGCUGUUCCGCAAACUCAGAGAGAAACCCAGAGACCAGAGGUGUCCAGGCACCAGUGAGGAGGUGGUGCGUUUGGUGUUUCAGGCUGUGCAGUUCUACGAAAGGAAGCUCAGAGAUUUCUACACACAUCUCAGUAAGACGGCAGCGUGCCGACAGCGUGUGAUGGAGCUGCUGCCAAAGGUGGAGGGAGUGGUCCAGAAGAUGGCAGAGAGCGAGAAAGUCCUCAUGAGUCUGCAGGAGAAGCGACAGAGGGAGCUGUGGAACCUGCUCAAAGUAGCCUGUAGUAAAGUUCGGAGCCCAGUGAGCGGUAGUCCAGAUGGGUUACAAACCCCCUCUUCAGUCCCACCUCUGCUGACCUCCAGACACAGCUUGCAGCAACUGGACGAGUCACUGGUGGAGGAGAGCAGAACAUUUGAGAGUCGACUCCAGAGUUUGCUGCAUGACACCAUCAAGGAAUCCCAGAACAGCAUGGAGAUGUUGAGAGAGUGGACGUGGCUGCAGGAGGGCCAGAGCUUUUCAAGCGACCUCUCCUGAAUGUUUCCGUUAAUACUUUACUGCCUCCAAUGGAUUAAAUGUCAAAUUACAGACUGCGCUGAUGCUGACAUCACACAGUUGCUAGAAGAUCCCCCUAAUGAGAAAAAUGUUCAGCCUCCUCCCACAUUAUUUUAUUAAUCAGGACACUGAACCUUGUGUAGGAAUAACAAGAGGAAUUUUGUCCAUUAGGAUUUAUGUGAUCAAAGUCCAUGUAUCAACAGUCCAUUGGUUGAUUUGUGGGAUCGUAUCGAUCACUUUGCAGAAUUCUAGCCGGCAUGUUUCUGCAGUGCAAUGUGAAGAAAGUUGCUGCCUCUCACAGAGCUACAAAUUUUGAUUAUUUAAAAAAAGAAAGACAGAGGUCCUAAAAGGGAUGCAGGUCUGGUUUCAUAAUUUAGAAAUAAGAGAACUAUAUUUCGGUUUAUCCAUGUAUUUUCCUGCCCUGUGGUUUUAGAGCAGCGUAUUGAAAUGUUAAAUCGCUGUGAGUUAUGUCAUAGCGACAUGAUGUUUGUAUGUUUUGUAACUAAAUAUAAUUGCUUUUAUUCAUGUUUUUCACUGGAAAUGUUUUUUAUUACAAAUUAUAUUUUAAGAGUACGAUCCAGUUCUUAUUGCCAUAUAAAUGACUAUAUGAAUGUAUUUUUUUAAAAAUUGUUUCUCAGUGUUGACGUAUCUGCAACAUCUGCACAAUGUGAUGAACUAAUGUCACUCAGUGACAUGUUUAGAAGCUUGUCAUAUGAAUUUUAAAGGGACACUAGUAUUUUUCAACCUGGGCUCUAUUAGAUGUUUUGGGGUUAAUCAUUCUGUAUUAUCAUAAUAACAGUAAUUUUAAAAAGUAAUUU